GCGCAAACGGGGGGGAGGCGCUUCGGGAGGGCUGAGAGAAACCCACCCACGGGUAACGGAACGUCGACCAGCGCUGGAGCAGCGAAUCACUUUCAUCCUCGAAGACAUUCUUAGACGUGGAAGAAUCAGCGACAAGACAUGGCCGUCCAACAUCAGCCCACCGCCGUCAUAGUGAGCACCACCACCACCCACGGCCCCGGGGCCUGGAGCACGGGCCUGUGCGACUGCUUUGCCGACAUGGGCACCUGCUGCUGCGCCCUGUGGUGCUUCCCCUGCAUGCAGUGCGACGCCGCCAACAAGCACGGCUUCUGCUGCUGCCUGCCCAUGUGCGACGUGUGCGGCGCCGUGAGCUGCGCGCUGCGCGCCUCCAUCAGGAAGCAGUACAACAUCCCAGGCGACUGCUGUGACGACUGCUGCUCGGUCCUCUGGUGCUACAUGUGCGUCUGGUGCCAGAUGCAUCGGGAGGUGAAGAUCAGGGGCAACGGCCCGGCGACCUCGCAUGUGGUCACCACACAGGUGGUGUGAACGACGGCCCCCGUCCACCCAGCGUCGCAGGUCACAGGUGGAGGAAAAGCCUUCCAGUCACUUCAUUUGGUUUUAAAGAUGACAUUUUUUUUUAAGAUUGCAAGUGCCUUUUUGACUUUUGGAGCAGACGCUCACACGCAUACUGACGUUAAUAUGAGGAUAUGUGAACAGAUGCUUCCCAGAUUUAUUUAAAGUGCAGCUCAAAAAUAAAUGAAGGUUUUCCACCUGGUUUAAAAUAAAAAAAACAAAACAUUUUAAAAGCAUGCAAUGCAUCCAGGCAAAGGUUUUUUAACUGAAUAACCUUUUUUUCUCUCAUUUUUUUUAUUGAAUAAAAAACAAAAUAAAACAAAUCAGCAAACGAAACAAGACACAACCUUUUGCAACACAGAACAGAAAAACAAUUAGAAAAUGGAUCCCCAGCAUAUUCUUCCCUUUGUUUACAACUCCAGGUUCUGUAGAUAAUUGUUAAACUGCUAAGAUUCAUUAGGCUGAAUUUUACUGUGAAGUGUUUUCUUGAAUUCACGUUUUGUUUCAUUAUAACUUUUACUGGUCCUUUUUUAUGAUUACUUGUGAUCGGACAGCAGCUAUUUUUUUUUCAUAUACAUAUCUGAUAUUUUACACAAAUAAAACAAGGCCUUUAAUAACACAAAAGUUUGUGGAACACAAACCGAACCAAGCGGGAGCCGCGUCCACAGGGACGGAAUCAGGGACGAGCAAUAACGAAAGCCUCGUUUUUGCCACAUGCAAAAACAGGCGCCCACGUCGGUUGUGGCGGUUCUGCUUCUCCAUUGCACCUGUUGUCAGUAUCGUUCCAACCAGAACAAGUGAAACUGGCUCACAAUCGCCCUCUUAGGCAGAUUAACCAUUUUCUGUUAAAUUUUCAUGGAUGUGUGACUUCUGAAGAACGGGAAGACAUGUUUUAAGUUAUGGAGGUGAUUCAGUAAUGACUUUGUGAUGUAAUUUGGGCCCACGUGUCCUCAUAUUUGUGGCCCAAAGCAAAUGUUUCGAGUUUGAAGGUUACUGCAUGAAGCCAACGCAGAUUCUCCGCCGACCUUUGAGUCCUGUUCUUUUAUGUAAUCUGACUCCUGCCAGCUUUAACCUGUGUGAGAAUAAAAACUGUUUGGAUAUAAA